AUGGCUGGCCAAUCCGUAUACCCGCCUUCUGGAGGUCAAGAAACUCCUCGCAGCGAAGUAGAUCUGGACUUGGCCCUUCAGCUUCAAGAGCUCGAGAUCAACACGCUCAAGGACACCGUCGCCAACCAAAAGGAUGCGAUCGCCGACCACAGGGAAGGAUCGAAAGAUCUCCGCGAGGCCGUCAAGGACCUUCGCGAUGUCAUCAAGAAUCUUCGGGAGCGCAAUGGCGACCUUCAAGAGCUCAACAGCCACCUCUCUGUCAAGAACGCGGCCCACGUCGACCAGCGAGACAAGCUUCAAGAGACCAAGAUUGAGCUGGCAGAGCUUCGGGACGAUCAUGUUGAGCUAAUCGACAACAACAAGCGCGAAGAGAGGCGCGUCGAUGAGCUGAACGACAAGGUCAAGGAACAAGACGAUGUCAUCAAGGACCUUCGACAGCAAUACUCAAGCUUAAGCACCACCUACCAAAAGCAUAGUCUCUAUGUAUCUCGGGUCUCUGCAGCGUACAAGGCCAAGGACACGGCGUGCCAGGAACUCCAGAACAAGCAUAAGGAGCUUCAGGUCACCUACAUGACCAAGACCGGCGAGCAUAGCGCAGCUAUGAACGACCUAUCUGCCUCGUAUGAAGCUAAGGAAUCAGAGCUACAAGAGCUGAAGGACGAGCUGCAAGAGCUUCGCGACUACUACAAGGGCCACGAAGAGCUUGUGGAAGGGCUGACGACUAAGACCAAGCAGCAAGACGGCAUUAUCAAUGGUCUCAAAAGGCACAUCGACGCCGUCGAUAGCAAGCAGCGUUUCACCAUCGUCGAGCUCACUGCCGCAAUUAAGGCCAAGGACGAAGCGUUGCAGACACUGAAGGGUGAGCAUGAGAAGCUUCAGGUCACCUACGCGACUACGACCAGCGACCAUGGCGCUGCUAUGAGCCACCUCUCUGCAUCAUGCAGGGCUAUGGAAGAAGAGCUGGAAGAGCUGAAAGAGCUGAAGGAUGAGUAUGAGGAGUUUCAGGACAGGUACAUCGCCGAAACUCACGAGAACUAUGUUGCUAUCAAUGGCCUCCCUGAGGUAUACGAGGCCAGAGAAACAGAGCUACGAGAGCUGAGGGACCAGCUGGAGGAGCUUCGCGACCGCUCCAAGGCCGACCAUGAGCUGAUUACUGAUCUCACCUACGAAAACGGGCAGCACGACGAGACUAUCGCUACACUGAACGCCAAGGUCAAGGAGCAAGAUGAUGCUCUCGCCCUGUCGCAGCAGCAAGUACAAGGACGAGAUGACACCAUCGCGGAGUUGAAGGAGCAACUCGCCGAGGCCAAGAAGAGCGAGGGAGUAGAUGCUGAUAGUAUCGAAGCCAUUCAGGAGUACAUGCGACAGCUGGAGGAGAAGAAAACCGAGAUCGAGGAGCUGCAAGAGCAAGUUCUCGGAGGCGUGUCCGAUAAGACGGCGCGCAAGCUUGCCAAUAAGCUGAUGAUCAAACACAAGAAGCGUGGCGAGACUCUUAAGGAAGUGAAGCGGCAGGUAAAGGCAAAGGAUGCCUACAUUAAGGGCUUGGAGGGACAGGUCUCUAACUUGGAGAGCACGAUCCACCGCUUGGACAGCAAGAUUGACCACUUGGAGGACGAAUACUGGAAGGGUGUGCCUUGGUGUGUUUGA